CCCGCGCCCAUUGCGGAAGGCGGGGGGGUCCAAGAUGGCGCCGCGUGUCUGAGGCGCUGCGCGUCGCGCGCAGGUGAGCGUUGCGCUGGCAGCGGUUGGGAGGCACGGCCGGUGCGGUGCGUCCCUGCUCGGUGCCCAGGGUCCGUUGCCAGUCCUGUGGCGAGGAGGAACCGCCGGUCCCCGAGCUCGUCAGGAAGGCUCGCCCGGCUCUGGGCCGUUAUGCGUUAGCAGCACCGUUUUCUUCCUGUGGCGGAUUAUUGUCCAGAAGAGUUUACACCUUGCUUAAAAAGAGAUGCCUGCUGCCUGUGACUCAGUGCUGGAAGAUAUUGAAGAUAUUGUGUUGGCACAAGAUUCGAAGCCCCAUGAUUGGCGAUAUGCAAGAAAGAAUGUUUUUCCCAAAGUGCGAAAGCGCAGUUGGAAGCAAGGAACUCAGACAGAUGAUGAUCCUCCAUGUGACAGUGUGAUUCCUGGUAUUCAGAAAAUCUGGAUUCGUACGUGGGGAUGUUCUCACAAUAAUUCAGAUGGUGAAUACAUGGCGGGACAGCUAGCUGCAUAUGGAUACAAAAUUACAGAUAACUCUGCUGAAGCAGAUUUAUGGUUGCUGAACAGCUGUACAGUAAAAAAUCCAGCUGAAGACCACUUCAGAAACUCAAUCAAGAAAGCCCAAGAGGCGAACAAGAAAGUGGUUCUAGCAGGCUGUGUUCCACAGGCCCAACCUCGUCAGGAUUACCUCAAAGGCUUGAGUAUUAUAGGGGUUCAGCAGAUAGAUCGUGUAGUAGAAGUUGUGGAGGAAACUAUUAAAGGUCAUUCUGUGAGACUGCUUGGUCAGAAAAAGAACAAUGGAAAACGUUUGGGGGGAGCACGACUGGAUUUACCAAAGAUCAGGAGGAAUCCACUUAUAGAAAUCAUUUCCAUCAACACAGGGUGUCUCAAUGCAUGUACUUACUGCAAAACCAAGCAUGCCAGAGGAGAUCUAGCAAGCUAUCCCAUCGAAGAACUAGUGGAUAGAGCCAAACAGUCUUUUCAAGAGGGUGUUUGUGAGAUAUGGCUGACCAGUGAAGACACAGGGGCUUAUGGCAGAGACAUUGGCACAGACCUCCCUACACUUCUGUGGAAGCUGGUCGAAGCUAUUCCUGAGGGAGCUAUGCUGAGGCUUGGCAUGACAAAUCCUCCCUAUAUUUUAGAGCAUCUGGAGGAAAUGGCAAAGAUUCUCAAUCAUCCCAGAGUGUAUGCUUUUCUGCACAUACCAGUCCAGUCCGCUUCUGACAGUGUGCUCAUGGACAUGAAAAGAGAAUACUGCGUGGCAGACUUCAGACGAGUAGUGGAUUUCCUUAAAGAAAAAGUGCCUGGGAUAACAAUUGCUACAGACAUCAUCUGUGGUUUUCCAGGAGAGACAGAUGAAGAUUUUCAAGAAACUAUGAAACUUGUAGAACAGUAUAAGUUUCCAAGCUUAUUUAUUAAUCAAUUUUACCCACGCCCAGGAACUCCUGCUGCAAAAAUGCAUCAAGUUCCAGCUGCGGUGAAAAAACGAAGAACAAAGGAUCUGUCCCAGCUGUUUCAUUCAUACAAUCCAUAUGAUCAUAAGGUUGGAGAAAGGCAGAGGGUUCUGGUGACAGAAGAAUCCUUUGAUUCCAACUACUAUGUUGCUCACAAUCCAUUCUAUGAGCAGGUUCUGGUGCCAAAGGAUCCUAUGUUAAUGGGUAAAAUGGUAGAAGUGAGUAUUUAUGAAGCUGGGAAACAUUUUAUGAAGGGGCAGCCUGUGUCAGAUGCCAGAGUUUAUGCUGCAUCCAUCACGAGACCAUUAGCAAAAGGAGAAGUUUCUGGUUUAACAGAGGAGUUCAGGCAUGCACGGAAUGGCACAAAGUGGAAAGCACAUCCGUCUGCUGAGAUCCCAGUGAAAGCAGCACUCAUCCCCUGGAUGGCUUUGCAUCUCCCAUGGCACCAAGAAGGAAGAGGACUGAAGAUACUGUCUGUCAGCCUGGCUCUACUGGCAUUUCUUGCUAUGGUUUACUAUGGAGGAGUUAAAAGAGAACUGUGAAUUGAAUGCGGUUUUCAUUUAAAAAAAAAAAUUGCUGUUUAAAAUCUUCAAAGAAAACACUUAGAGCAACAAUUCUCUCUCUCUUAAAAAGUGAUAUAAAUCGGGCAAUAAUUUGUACUCACCCUAUGCCUUUCCUGUCAUUCAUAGGAGAGAAUGCUAAUAAGCUCUGGGAGACCUGAAGUUUGAGAUCUUUGUUUGGCAGGGAAGUUUGUUGUAUCUUUCUUCCUCUUAGUUUUUCUAAAAUGAUGCAAUGUUUGCAUUGCUUACUCUUUUUGUAACUGCCGUGGCAGGUUGAAUUGUGUGCAGAAAACUCAUAAAGCUUUUAAUAAAUCUUUCAAUUGAGCUUUUCUGCUAGUCUUUUAUGUGCAGAACAUUUACAGCUUCCUUAAAGAUUUUGCUUAAUGCAGUGUGAUAUGUAUCUUUUUACAUUAGAAUCAAACACUGCUCGGCCAUUAAAAUUCAUCAUUGUUGCUAUUGA